ACGCAAUCCCGAUCAAGCUACUGUCGGUGUGGUUUCCAAUAGUAAGAAGAUAAUUAGCGUCAUCCUGGACUCCCAGAUCAAUACUUAUCAAUGACCAAUCUCCUCUUAACAUCUCCUCUAGUGUUGUGUACGUCGUUUUUCACAUAUUUCCCAAACCAUGGCAAACAAGAAUCCCCCAGACGAGAGGGUAGUUUAUCUGGCGCUGAAGAAUGUCUUCAAAGGAGACAAGACUUGGGUACGCCAGCUGAAGACGAUUCGCAAACUCAUCAAGGACCAAGAGAACGGGGAGGUUGCAGAUUUGAUCAAUUCGCAUGACUUAGACACAAUAUGUAAAACGGCGCGGACCCUGCUCACGGAACAAGUAUUCGAGUCGACACUUAAAGCAAAGAUCCGCUUUCCCGAGGUGUUCGAUGUGUCGCCGGCCCAGAGCGCAGAGAGGGAGGCCUCCGAGGCUGAGGCUGCCAAGAACGAGGCAAACGCAAUUAGAGACGUUGUGCGGCGACACCAGGAUGAUGUUCGAGAUGUGGCUCGGGUUGAAGGAGCGGUUGAAACGGAGAGUGUCGAGACUUUCCGGGAUCCUAGACCACGGACUUUGAAGGGAAAUUGCCAUAUCCCAUCGCUGUUUCCUAUUUAUCUACCCUUAAGAGCGCAGCACAGCAUUCUGGUCAAGGUACAAACCAUUUUGGAACAGGCAUGCUUUGAGUACGGGCAGCACGCCAUGCCGGAUGUUCUGCAAAAGAAUCGAUGGGAUUGUCCUGAAGCAGCUGAGCUUAAUCUCUGGGUAGCAGAAUUCCUACAAAGCCAGAGUAAGUUUGCCGACAAGGAGGGCGAGGUUGGAAAGCCGCUUGAGAAGCUAUUCCGCUCGGUGGCCGACAUCCGACAUACUGCCGUGCACCGCAUCCGCAUCAGCGGGAGGGGAUUAGAGCAGUUUUUACUCGACGCCGAGACCCUAGCCACACUUUUGGGAGACGCGGUACAACUGGGGUUGCUGACGAAGCUUCGGCGAGACAUGCAUUUGGCGAUCGAGGAGCUGGAACGCAACAAGCACGUCCUAAGCUUGAAACUCCAGGAGACGCUAAAGGAGAUAGCCGCCAAGCGGGCUGAGCUAGACCGCGUCGAGGAGGCGGCCAUUGCCGAGAUGUUGAAAGAGGACGACGAGUACGGGGUGUUAGCUGGCACGAACCUGGAGCAUGCCAUCGUGGUCUCGGAAGCGACCGCUCUGACUGCUGCCGAAACGGAGAACAAGGCAAGUUCCGCGGAUGACCUAGACAGUGUCGAAGACUAUGGCGAAUCUAGAUGGCAUGAUAUAUGGAAUCCUUGCAGAAUCUAGCACCAUGAUAUCGCCAAGUUCCACCUUGGAGGCUCCAAGCAAGCAGAUUUGAGAGUUUUUGGCAUGCAUUACCUAAGGCACCCCAAGGCCGCCGAGUUUCUGAGAGCUUAGUAUCGCACGUAUUCCUUUCUCCCCUGACAUUGUAGUAUCAAACUUGGAGGCCUCCGCAACAGUUUAACAGACUAACUAACCUUGUAGCGUUCCGAUGAUUUGAUUAAUCUAACUCUCAACAGCAUAUCAAAGCCGGACGCUGUAGAGAGGGUGUUGUGAAUUAGCAGAUUGGAAACAAGGAAAUUGGCUGGAAAUUGGCGGUUUUAUCGCCAGGAUAAUCUCUUAGGAUCCAUGGUUAAUACAGUGACUCUUUGGGGUGGGGUAAAGGUUGCACUCCUUUGGAGUGAGGGAGUAUUCAUGCACGCUUCUUCUCCAAAACCUAC